UACUCCCUCCAGCCCAUUCCAGAGAGAACGAUACCAAACCGAUACUUAGGCCAGCCCAGCCCCUUUACACACCCACACCUCCUCAGACCAGUGAAUGAUACCAGUGUGUCUCUCAGUGAGGGCUUCCUUUUGCUGAUUCUUCAUCAGACUGGAAUUCCUGCUGGGAAGUCGGCUGAGACUCAGGAAAUGCAGCUCACCAAUGAAACACAAGAAAUCAGAGUUUUUCAAAGCUGUAAGGGGAGGUGACUCCAGGACUAUCUCAGGUGGAAUAUGCACUUCGCAGACACAAACUAAUGUCUCUGAUCCACAAGGAAGCACAAGGGCAGAGUGGGACAGACCAGACAGUGGUUGUGCUCUCCAACCCUACAUACUACAUGAGCAAUGAUAUCCCGUAUACUUUCCACCAAGACAACAAUUUCCUGUACUUGAGUGGAUUCCAAGAGCCUGAUAGCAUUCUGGUCCUUCAAAGCCUCCCUGGCAAGCAGUUACCAUCACACAAGUCCAUGCUUUUUGUGCCUCGGAGAGACCCCAGUCGAGAACUUUGGGAUGGCCCACGAUCUGGCACUGAUGGAGCAGUAGCUCUCACUGGAGUGGAUGAAGCCUAUACGCUAGAAGAAUUUCAACAUCUCAUACCCAAGCUGAAAGCUGAGACAAACACAGUGUGGUAUGAUUGGAUGAGGCCCUCUCAUGCACAGCUUCACUCUGAGUACAUGCAGCAUCUCACUGAGGCCAAAACCAGGAGCAAGAACAAGGUGCGGAGUGUCCGGCAGUUGGUACAGCGCCUCCGGCUGAUCAAAUCUCCUGCAGAAAUUGAACGAAUGCAGAUUGCUGGGAAACUGACAUCACAGGCUUUCAUAGAGACCAUGUUUGCCAGUAAAGCCCCUGUGGAGGAAGCCUUUCUUUAUGCUAAGUUUGAAUUUGAGUGCCGGGCUCGUGGUGCAGACAUCUUAGCCUACCCCCCUGUGGUUGCUGGUGGUAAUCGGUCAAACACUUUGCACUAUGUGAAGAAUAAUCAACUCAUCAAGGAUGGGGAAAUGGUGCUUCUGGAUGGAGGUUGUGAGUCUUCCUGCUAUGUGAGUGACAUCACCCGUACCUGGCCCGUCAAUGGCAGGUUCACCGCACCUCAGGCAGAACUCUAUGAAGCUGUUCUAGAGAUCCAGAGAGAUUGUCUGACCCUCUGCUCCCCUGGGACAAGCUUAGAGAACAUCUACAGCAUGAUGCUGACACUGACAGGACAGAAGCUUAAAGAGUUGGGGAUCAUGAAGAACAUUAAAGAAAACAGUGCCUUCAAGGCCGCUCGAAAAUACUGCCCUCAUCAUGUUGGCCAUUACCUUGGGAUGGAUGUGCAUGACACUCCAGACAUGCCCCGUUCCCUCCCUCUACAGCCCGGUAUGGUAAUCACCAUUGAGCCAGGCAUUUAUAUUCCAGAGGAUGACAGAGAUGCCCCAGAGAAGUUUCGGGGCCUUGGUGUACGAAUUGAAGAUGAUGUAGUGGUGACUCAGGACUCACCUCUCAUCCUGUCUGCAGAUUGUCCCAAAGAGAUGAGUGACAUCGAACAGAUAUGCAGCAGGGCUUCUUGACUUUCACUUCAGCCAACAUGCGUCUCAGGUUCAAGACUGCACCCCUGCACAUGUGCUUUCUGAGUGUCUCUGCGUGUACAUUUAUACCUUCAUUCCAUUUGGGAAUGCAGCAGCUGUAUAAUUGUGUGUUUUUGGUUUUUUGUUUUAAGUAUAUAGAAAUCUGGAAAAAUGCAUUUUUGAACAGUAUGUUACUGCAGCUUUAGUAACAUUAAUUCUGUAGAAUUAAUGACCUGAGCAGAUUUAAUUUUUAAGCAUAAGGAAAGGUCUUGGUUACAUAUGUGUAUGCAUUCCAAUUAAUACAUUUAAACAUAUAGAAAAUCCUCUUCUUUUUCUCUUCAGUCCCUUCUCUUUCUGUACUUUUGCUGAGAUCCACCUAAUAUCAUCAGAUGUUUGUGUUAUGCCUAUAUUUUGAGGUAAUAACCAAGGUCUCUGCUUAUGCUAAAAGCCACCUGUCAGUGAUUGUGAGUGGCCAAUACAUACCUUCCAUAACUCCUCCCUGCCUGUUCAGAUCCUGUGUGUCUACUGGAGCUACAUGAGCCCUCAGGGGCACUGGUGUCCUGAAGUAUUACCAUUCAACCACAGUCCAGAUUCCAGCAAUACUCAUUAUUGAACCAAACAGUUUUGAGUCUUUCUUGCUGUUUGGUUGCCGGGGGCCUGGAAAGUGUUUAGAUUCUUAAUAAGGAAAUGGAAGAGAAAGAAAACUAUAUAUGUGUCUACUACAAAUCAAGACCUCCAGCCAUCUGGUCUCUUCAAUUUAAAGAUGAUUCCUUUCCCAGAUAGCCAUAUAGGUUCGUAAUACUGACCCUCAUAGGUCACCCUUGUGCAUUGUCUGCAUUGUCCAAUAGCAUAUUCUCUACUUAAAGUCAGUAGUGGGACCCAGUUUUCAGAGAAAUACCUCUGUUACCAUCCUGUGAUUUCCUCUAGUGCUGACUAAAAACAAAAUAUAGGAUCCACCAAGUACUUGUAAACAUCCUAUGGUCCUUAUCUUUCUCUUAUGCUAGCACUGAAAGGACAGUGUUAAAGAGUCACAUUUCUCUAAACACAGCAUUGGAUGCAAUUGUACAACUCAUUUUGCAAGGUGAGCAGGUCUACAUUACUGCAGAGGGUUUAUUCAGGAGCUUCUGUGAUAGAGAAGCUUUUUAAAGACCAGUGUGUUCACCUCCUUUAAACCUGGAUAUGGACCUAAAAUGUACAAAUGCUGGUUGUUAGAGCACAAAUUCAAGGUUUUUUUUGUUUGUUUGUUUGUUUUGACUGGUAAUGGGAUCGCAACCCUCGGCACAGUGUGGUCUGUACCACGCUCAGCCAGUGAGUGCACCGACCAUCCCUACAUAGGAUCCGAACCCGUGGCCUCGGCGCCACCAGCACCACACUCUCCCGAGUGAGCCACGGGGCCGGUCCCAAGGUUUUUUUGAAAAAAAUUUUGUACUAGAGAAACACAAGCUAGGGGAUUAACAAUCUCUGCAGUGCUAGAAGUUUUCCCAUCUUAUCAGGAAAACCCAAGGUACAUAUCUAAAAGCAGACAGGCAGUGUGACUUCAUCAGGAGACAAAGAUAAUGGUACAACCAAAGUGAUAGAAAUCGUAUCCUGAGAGUGCUCAUCCAGGAAUGCUUGGCUUUGCUAACCUUAUUUAAGCAGCUGUGGGAAUGAAAGCAGCACAGCUGGAACCUUCAUUCCCCAUGCCUUCCCUCCCACCUCCCUUUAACUUCUCAGUUGUUCACUACUUUCUAAAAGAAGACUAGGGAAAUUAAUCCACAACUCUAGCUUGUCACUUCCUGGGCCUCUGUGUCCCCAACAACACUUUCCUUGGAUUAGAUUUCCUUUGUUCAUUUAUAAUCCUGGAAUAAGAAAUUUCCUUUUCUUCCUAUAAGUCAUUUUGUGUGAUCUUCAACUUUGUAGCUAAAAGCCAAGGUGGCUUUUUUGUAUAGCAGCAUACUUGGACAAGAAACAGACUUCCGAUUAGAUUCUAGUCAAGUUCUACAGAUGUUACUCUUAGUUAGAAUGGCUGUUGGGGAAUUCUUCUGGUGACUUUUAGUCCCUGACCCAGGUAUAUUGUCCUUUGAGUCCCAGAUUCACCAUACCAGCUAAGCAUUUGAAUCAGACUAUUAGAACCACCAAGAUAACGUAACAUAAUGAACAUCUCAUAGCAAUGUUUUAGACUGUCUGAUAUAUUCAGGAUUUGUUGAGCAGAUAAUUAUGCACAGUGCAGUGAUCUCAUUCAUUCUUAGCCAUGCCAAAGACACCCCACAUUUCCCUUUAGUUCUAAGAAUAAUAAAUACUUCAUAUAUAUAUACACCAGGCUCUCCUACUGAAAACCUUAAUUUUAUUUUAUUUUUAAUUUUUUAAAAGAUGACCGGUAAGGAGAUCUUAACCCUUAACUUGGUGUUCUCAGCACCACGCUCUCCCAAGUGAGCCAACCGGCCAUCCGUAUAUAGGGAUCCGAACCCGUGGCCUUGGUGUUAUCAGCAUCACACUCUCCCGAGUGAGCCACGGGACGGCCCUGAAAACCUUAAUUUAAAAAAAGAUUCAUCAAAUGUUACCACUGGAAUUUUUCUCCCUGAAUUGAAAAGAUAUGGUUAGAUCAUUAAUGAUAUCAUCUAAACGAAGGAAGCAUAUCCAAAUAGCCUAUGUCACGUGCUUUCAUGUAUUUGUUUCAGGAAUUGCUAUUUUUCCCCAUAAUUAGGAAACUGGGACUUUGUUUUUUAUCCAAAACACAACAAUAGAAAUACUGGAGUAAGAACUCUCCUCAUAAUUAUAGUAUCCAAGGUAGGAAUGUGCUUCUGAUAGUGACUUAAAGUACUCUGUGUGCAUCUUCUUUCAAAACACUGUUUUUUUCCUCAUUAAUUUUUGUAACGUCAGAAAGGAAAAACCCUCACCAUAGAAAUUCUAUCUUAAUUGAGAUUAAAAUCCGUAAAAUAAAUUAUAUCUCCAGAUAGACAUUGAAAGUCAUUAAGACAGAAAAAUUCAGCUUUGUUAUAUUUUUUCCAAACAUCCAUAACCCACAUCCUCAGGCUGGCCAGUUAGCUCAGUUGGUUAGAGCACAGUGUUAUAACACCAAGGUCAAUGGUUCGGAUUCCCUGUACUGGCCAGCUGCCACAAAAAAGUGAAACAAAUAUAACCCACACCCUGUUCAGCUUUGUUAAUAAUACAAAGAUUGUAGAUACUCUCCCCUCUCCUGUGCCCAUGUCGGAGAUCUGGAAUAAAGCAGGGUGAGCUAUUCUACCAGUCCAGCUGUGACCUCAGAAUCCUUUGUAGAAGUGUUUCCAGUAACUACUGCUAGUAAAACAGUUGGAAUUUGAGUUAGAACCUUUCUGCCAUCCCUCAACUAGUAUAUGACAGAUGAUAAUGUAACUUAUUUGUGUGUGUGUAUGUAUGUUAGAAACUAAGGGCCCACAAAAUGGUGGUGGCAUAGAGAACCCUGCUGAGUAGGGGUUUUUAGGUAUAAUAUUUUUUAGUUUCCUGAAAUGGGAUCUAUAGCUCAAGACUUAAGCUGGUAGGGUAAGUUUUAAGCCUGAGGAAAUAUGCUUUAAGCUGGAGUGUUCUUAAUGUCUUGGAGUAGUGAGAAGAUGAAUGCAUCAUUAAACCCUAACAUUAGAGCACAAUUCCAUCAUCGCAAACCACAUGGGUUCUCCUGGUUGCUCUUAGCUCUGCCUUUGUGUCACUCACUGAGGAACUUUGGGUGAAUAUCAGUAUUGUUCAGAUCAGGGGUCCCCACUGGAAUCAAGGCCUUUGGGGUAUGCUCCACGAGGAUCUGAGAAAACUGUAAUCUUUGUUAGCAUUUCUUAAUGCUCUGUAUGACUUGUGCAAUUAUAUAAGUUCGGUUUGGACAAACUGUUACUUUUUAAGGCACUGUUCACUAAAAAUAGAUAUGCCGUUCCCCAACAAGGGAAAAACAUUUGUUACUAUCAUUUUUAAAAUAAACUGUAAAGCAUUAUAGACCUGUA